CUGGGGGUGGGGGAGUUCCCUUCAGCAUGGAGUCCAAGCUGGUGUGUAUGAGUUUGCUGGAGUAUCUUCAAGAGCUUCCUCCACUGACCCUCCUGCAGCUGUACCAACACUCAGCUGCAUGUCUGGCCGUGCUCAGGGAGCUACCGGAGUUGUCACGGCAAUAUGCCACUCGGCUGGUGUUCCUGGACCACCCCCUGUCACUGGCAGCUGUCAACUCGUGGCCGCAACUCAACCAGAGGAGUCAAAGUCUGCACCGGUCUGCACUGAGCACACUCCAAUCGCUGAAGGUGGUAGAACAGGUGGGUGUGGCUGGGAGGCAAGAGGGGGUGCUCCUUAACCAAGCCUUCAAGAGCAACAUCAAAUGUCUGCUCUGUGGAGGGGGCACUCCGUGGUUACUGCCUGGAUCAGGUGACGGAAAGCAUGCUCGUGAUGUUAGUUUCCUUGACAACUAUGCCAACACCCAAUGGGAGAAUAUUCUAAAGUACAUGGUCAACGAUGUGUGUGAGGACAUCACAAGAGACACUGUUGAAGUGCUUCAAAGAGCUCAACUUAUGGCAAGUUCGGUCCCAGGUGCUCAGCCGGAGAUCACAACACGUGGAUUUCAGUUCCUACUGUUGGACCGCUCGUCGCAAGUCUGGCUCUUCAUAUUGCAGUACCUAGCACAAGUGGAGUCUCAGGGGAUGAAUAUGGUCGAGUGCCUGACUCUCAUUUUCAAGCUCAGCUUCCUCACUCUGGGAAAGGACUACUCUAUUGAUGGUCUCACGCCCUCUCAACUGCAACUGCUACAGCACCUCAGGCAGUUUGGGAUGGCCUACCAGAGAAAGAGGAGCUCUCGACGUUUCUACCCAACCAAGCUUAUCAUCAAUCUGGUCACAGGUAACGAAACUACUCAAUCUAUUUCCAACCCAAAAGAUGGUUUCGUCGUCUUGGAGACUAACUUCCGGAUCAUGGCCUACACAAGUUCUUCACUCCAAGUGGCCAUUCUGGGACAGUUUGCACAGCUGCAAUACAGAUUUCCUAACCUGGUGGUUGGUACCAUCACGAGGGACAGUGUGCACAAGGCUCUGAUGAAGGGCAUCACUGCAGAGCAGAUUCUCAGUUUUCUCAAGCUUCAUGCACAUCCUGAGAUGCAUGUCAAUCAUCCACUCAUACCCCCCACCGUCAGUGACCAGGUCCACUUGUGGGAGAGGGAGAGAGACCGAUUGGACAUAUCAGAAGGUGUUCUAUAUUCUGAGUUCUUGUCAGCCACCGACUUUGAGACUGUGAGGAACUACGCUGAGGACCUCGGUGUGCUACAGUGGUCUAGCCUGGGCAAGAGAGUGAUGGUGGUGUCACAGAGCGGCCAUGAUGAGGUCAAGAGGUUCUGGAGGAGACAAGCCACCAGAUAGUUACUAACUUGUGCAGUCAUUCAGGCAUGCAUGUAUUGUAUUAGGAUAAAGCUAUCAAGACAAGCCAGCAGAUAAACUAACAAUAAACUUGUGUGGCUAUUCUCAUUCUGUUGUCUUUCACUAUUCCUUCUGUGAAAAUAAUGAUAAA